AUGUUUAGGAUUCAAACACUUCAAUUAUCUAAACUUCUAACACAAAGAAAGGCAAUAUCACAACGUCUAACAACUCAAUUAUUAAAACAACAACCACUAAAACAACCAUUUUUUAAAUUUCAAAGACACUACGUGAUUGUUCAUAAAGAUUUAUCAAAACAAAAAAAAGAACCAAGAAUAAGAUAUAUAAUAUAUGUAGUAAUAAUAUCAUGGGUUUUCAUAUGGUUUGUAUCAGGACAAGUAGAUAAAAAAAAACCUACACAAUAUUUAACUGAACGUGAAUUUCAAGAAUAUGAAAAAAAUACAGGAAUCAAGAGAAGAAAUAAAUUAAUUAGUUCAAAUUUAAAUAAAAAUUAUAAAUUUUAUGUUAUACCAUUUAUAACAUCAGAAGAAGAGAUUCAAAAGAUUGAGAAGUCAAUGUUAAAACAUGAUCCUUCUAAAAAAGUUAAAAUUAUUGACCCCCAGGAAUUAAUAAAAGAAGAAAAAAAUGAUGAUGGAAAAAGAUAUUCUGCUCUAUUAAAUGAAUUAGACACCACCAAGAAACCAUAUCCACCUGGGCUUAUAACAGCAAUAAUAAAAGAAUAUAUAAAAUUUUAUAUAAAUACAAGAGAAGGAACAUUUGAUACAAAUUUUUUAAUUAUAAAUUAUCCUCAAACAACAAAUGAAGCAAUAAAAUUUGAAAAUGAUAUAAGUAAUAUUUCAAAAUGUUUUGUGAUGCAUUUUGAUAUGUUAAAUGAAUUACCUCAAUCAAAAAAUGAUUCAACAAUAAGAAAUAUUAAAAAUGUUGAUGGAUAUUUUGAAACUGUUGGAAAAUCUCAAAUAUUAGUUUCAAAAUUUGAUGAAAUGGAUGCAAAAUUUGAAGAAAUUAUGUUGGAAGAUUUAUAA